UACAAAAUGUGCUUUAAAAACACAUUUGAGAAUACAUACUGGAGUAAAACCUCACAAGUGUGAAAUUUGUUUGAAGCAGUUUUCUGAGCCACAUAAAUUAAAUCGACAUAUGACAGUUCACACUGGAGUAAAACCUUACAAGUGUGAAAUUUGUUUUAAGGAAUUCAGUCAAGCAGGUAGUUUGAAAGUACAUUUGAAAUUGCACACUGAAGAAAAGCAUUAUAAGUGUGAAAUUUGUUUUAAACAGUUUGCUCGAAAAGGCAAUUUAAAUGAACACAUGAAAGUUCACACCGGGGAAAAACCCUACAAGUGUGAAAUUUGUUUGAAGCAGUUUUCUCAGCCACAUAAAUUAAAUCGACAUAUGACAGUUCACACUGGAGUAAAACCUUACAAGUGUGAAAUUUGUUUUAAGCACUUUAAUGAAGCAGGUAAUUUGAAAACACAUUUGAGAGUACACACUGGAGAAAAACCUCACAAGUGUGAACUUUGUUUUAAGCAGUUUAGUCGCUCAGUUGCGUUGAAAGUGCAUUUGCAAUUGCACACUGGGGAGAAACCUCACAAGUGUGAAAUUUGUUUUAAGCGCUUUUGUGUCUUUAAGAGUUUGAAAGAUCAUUUGAGAGUGCAUACUGGAGAAAAUCCUUAUAAGUGUGAAAUUUGUUGUAAACAGUUUUCUCAGACAAGUAGUUUGAAAACCCAUUUAAGAACACAUACUGGAGAAAAACCGUAUCAGUGUGAAAUUUGUUUGAGGCGAUUUUCUCAAGUAAGUUAUUUGAAACAACAUAUGAGAUUGCAUACUGGAGAAAAACCGUAUAAGUGUGAAAUUUGUUUCAAAUCAUUUAUUCAAGAAUACGAUUUGAAAAAUCAUUCAAGAGUGCACACUGGCGAAACGCCUUACAAGUGUGAAAUUUGUUUUAAACAGUUUGCCCAUAGAAAUUCAUUACAUUACCACAUGAAAAUUCACACAGGAGAAAAACCUCACAAGUGUGAAAUUUGUUUAAAGCAAUUUAGUCUAGCAUGUCAUUUGAAAGAACAUUUGAGAGUACAUACUGGAGAAAAGCCUCACAAGUGUGAAAUCUGUUUUAAGCAGUUUAGUUCAGCAAGUCAUUUGAAACAACAUUUGAGAGUACAUACUGGAGAAAAGCCUCACAAGUGUGAAAUCUGUUUUAAGCAGUUUAGUUCAGCAAGUCAUUUGAAAGCACAUUUGAGAGUACACACUGGAGAAACGCCUUACAAGUGUGAAAUUUGUUUUAAACAGUUUUCUGAGUCAUAUAAUUUAAAACGACAUAUGAAAGUACACACUGUUGAAACGUCUUAAGGUGCGUACUGUCUAGAGAUGAUAUGAUGGAACUGGAGCGAGAAUCUCGGAAUAGGUUUUAAUCGUCUAUUCCACGAACCAGUGACAAAACGUCUACGGCAUCGGUUUCGAUUCCAGCGCCGCCGCAUUAGUUCAAUCCCACAUAAGAAUUUCAUGUUCUUAGUAUAUUCAUAGAACAUACUUUUCAGAAAAAGUAUAUGCUGAGAAUAUGCGUAAUUACCAUUGGGAAUGUGCAGAGCAGAUGCUGAGUAUAUACUACUUUACAGUACUUAAACGUUCUAUUUAUAUACUUAGAGUAAACUACCGCACUUCUUUUCAGUAUAUACCAAGAAUAUACUUUUUAGAAUAUUUUAAGGAGGUGCUAUAAACCUUCUAUUUAUAUGCUUAGAAUGUACUACCGCACUCUUUUUAAUAGUGAAUGUGUCAAGCAUAUACUUUUAUAUGCUUCAAAGAAUAUUCGAUAAAGGUAUAUAAAUGUGCUCAGUAUAUUCGGUACGAGAAUAUUCUUUGAAGUAAACUGCUCGUCAAAAGUUAGGGAUAUAGAAAAUUAUGCUGUUCUCAUAGUUGAUUUUUUCGCGAACAGACGAAUUCCGCUAUUUCUUUAUUAUUUUAAAUGUUUCUUUGGUAUUUACACAGUUGUGCAAAGGUUUACUCAAACUUAUUUUUGGUACAUAUACCGGGUGGAAGAAAAGAAAUGUUUUUCUUAUGUUAAGUUUAAGACACCCUGUAGGGAUAACGAGGUAGAAAUGUGAGUAUACUUUAAAAUCGUAUUGUACUUCUUAUGUUUUGUGAACAUGUUGUUUGAUUUUCCCUGAUAUCUUUAGAAACAAAAAAAAAUAGACGGUUUUGUAAUUUAACAUAUGUUUUAACCGAAACAAAAAUUUGAAACACCUUGUAGGGAGUAAAAGGCACAAAGGUGAGUAUACCUCGAUAUUAUGUUGUAGUCUCAUAUUUUCUGAAUAUUUUAUUUUUUUAAUUCCUCUGAUAUCUUUGAUAAUAAAACAACUAGACGGUAUUACUCUUUAAUAUGUGUGACUAUGUUUAACAUGUGUGACUCAUGUCGUCAGUUAAAACACAUAUUAAAGAGUAAUAUCGUGUAGUUGUUUUGUUAUUAAAGAUAUCAGUGAAAUUAAAAAAAUUAAAUAUUCACAAAAUAUGAGAUUACAACAUAACAUUGAAGUAUACUGUAUACUGGCCUUUGUGCCUUUUCCUUCCUACAAGGUGUCUCAAACUUUUGUUUCGUUUAAAACACAUGUUAAAUUACAAAACUGUCUAUUUUUUUGUUUCUUAAGAUAUCAGGGACAUUUCAAAAAACAAAAUGUUCACAAAACAUAAGACUACAAUACGAUUUCGAUGUAUACUAACAUUUGUACCUCGUCUUCCCUACAGUGUGUCACAAACAUAACAUAAGAAAAACAUUCCUUUUGUUCCACCCGGUAUAAGUAGAAAAAAAAAGUUUGAGUAAAGCUUUGCAUAACUAUGUAAAUACUAAAGAAAAAUCUAAAAUAAUAAAAAAAAAUUAGCGAAAUUCGUUAGUCUGUUCGCGAAAAAUUCAACUAUGAAAAUUGAGCAUAGUUUUCUAUAUCCCUAACUUUUGACGAGCAGUUUAUAUGCAAAGAACAUGAAAUUUUAGAAUGUUUUUAUGGUACAUGCUAUGCUUGUACCACGCAUAUACUAAAAAUAAUGUACUUCGACGAAUGUUGGUAGCAUAUGAUGUGAACAUCAUUGUUAUGUGGGAUAUACUUUGCGGGACGACCGGGCAAGAGAUUUGCAAUGAAACUUGAACUGGUUUCUGAGAACAGGUUUUAGACAUCAAUUCGCAAAAUUAAAUUCCGAGAGAGGGCGCUCAAAAUUUCAAAGAUGGACGAUAACUCUAGGAAAACAAUUCAUUUUGUCAUUUGACCUAACAGUUCUAAAAUGUUAAAUUAAAAUCAUUUACACGAGUGUUUUGCCAAAAUAACCACUAUGUUUGGCCACUAUGACAUCUUUUAAGUUAAAGACAACUCAAAAUUAUGUUUCAUCUGUAUGCAUUCAUUAAAAUUUAAUGCUAACUACUGAUAUGUUUUUACCUUUUUUUCAUAAAAAAAUCUGGCCCCCGAUAAUCACACAGCAUUUUAAAAAUUAAAUCUAAGAAUUUCUAAUUUUGUUACACUACAAUUUAUUUUAGACCAACAGAUAACAAUUUUUAAUUAAAUAAAAACUGGAAACUAAGUAGGUGAAUUUAUUUUAUAAUAAAUGUGUUCUGGAAAUUACGAGGUGGUCGGAAUAUUUUGCAUAACAAUGUACAUUCUAUGUACAGAAUAUAUACUACAUUUUAUUUAUUUAUUUAAUUUUGCAGUCGCUUAAACAUUAAAAAAUACUACGUUUAAUGCAAACGUUAAACUAACAAAAUGUGUGAUUUGGCAUUGGUUAGUUUAUGUCAUUACGUAGAGUAUAAUAGGAAUGAAUACUGAGGAACACUGCAAUAGUUUUUUUUAAGUCGAAAUUAUUGUUAAUUACAACAUAAACUGACCGCAAAUAUGUACACAAAUUAAUGGCAAAGUCAAUGUUUUCCUAGAGUUGAUGCUUUUCAAAUUCGCCACCAGGCGUCGCCCACUUUGCGGUUCCUCGCCAAUAAGGGCACCGUAUAAAACGCAUCGGCGACGUUCGUUUCGAUUACAUCAUCUGUUUAACGGGAUCGGUUCAAAAGAAUUUUAGGUCUCUACGGCUCCCACAUAUUGCUAAUUCAUGGCGGGUAUAUUUUUGUCAUGUAGAAAGAAACUUUUAGAAUGUUGACUCUUUCUCAUUUUGUUUUUAUUUAUACGACUAUAAUCUAAUCAUCUGUAAUACAUUAGUGCCUUCAUUGCAUAAACGAAUUCUAAUUAAA